AUGAUAACACAAUCAAGAAUAUCAAACUUAGCUAAACCAAUAUUAGCAUUUCUAUUUAUUUUAACACUUUAUUCCAUCCUAUUUAGAAAAUCCGACGAUGGUGCAGAUAAAAUACUAGAACCCCAUGGCUAUGCUGUUGAUAAUGAAGAAGAUCCUUUAUUUUUAAAACAACAAUUCAUGCAACAUGGAUUAUCCAACAACAACAACAACAAAAAGGCUGGUGGGAAAGAUGCAAACACCAAUAAACUUCAACCCGAUAAGGCUAUAGUUAUUGAUAAAACUUUUCUUGAUCAAAUGGAUAAAAAAACUCAUAAAUGUCCUGAUUACGUGGUGUAUUCUCAAAAACGACAUCCUCCAUUUUCAAUUGGUCGAUUCAAAUAUCCUUAUAUGAGACCAGCACCUAAAUGUCGUACAUUUGUAUCAACAGCAGUAGAAUCAGUGAUUGAAGAUUUGAAAUCUAAAAUAGAAGAUCCUGAUUUGGCAAGAUUAUUAGAAAAUUGUUUACCCAAUACCUUAGAUACAACGAUUUUAUGGCAUCAACCAAAAAUUAAAACUGCUAGACAAGAUGCAUUAUUGCCUCAAUCAUUUAUUGUCACGGGUGAUAUUCAUGCUGAAUGGUUAAGAGAUGCCGCUAGACAAUUAUCAGUAUAUCAACCUAUGGUUAGAUUUGAUCCUAAAUUAAAAGAAUUGAUUUUGGGAGCAAUCAACACUCAGGCUUAUUACAUAAUCAAUUCUCCUUAUUGUAAUGCAUUUCAUCCGCCACCUGGAUCUGGAGUUAAACGUGGGGAUACAGCAUUUGAUCAAGUUCAUCCUAAACCUGAUUGGAAACAAGUGUUUGAAUGUAAAUAUGAAUUAGAUUCUUUGGCAUCAUUUUUAACUUUAACUAAUGAAUAUUACGAAAAUUCGAAAGGUGAUACUUCAUUUAUUAAUAGUUCUUGGUUAAAAGCAUUUGAAAAAGUUUUAAUUAUAUUACAUAGAGAAAGUGUACCAUCAUUUGAUCAAGAAACAGGACAAAUGUUACCAUUUUAUUAUUCAUUCCAAAGAAAUACCAACAUUGGUUCAGAAACUUUACCUUUGGGAGGAGUUGGGAAUCCAGUCAAUUAUGGUACUGGACUUAUUAGAAGUGCAUUUAGACCAAGUGAUGAUGCAACUAUAUUACAAUUUUUCAUACCAGCAAACAUUCAUAUGUUGACGGAAUUAAAACGUGCCAGAAAUACUUAUUUAACUAAUGAAAAUAUUGCUAGAGAUACCAUGUUAGUAGAAACUGCUGAUACAUUUAUUAAUGCCUUAUCUACUGGUAUUGAAAAAUAUGGGAUUGUCAAUCACCCCAUUUAUGGUAAAGUUUAUGCUUAUGAAGUAGAUGGAUAUGGUAGUGCAACAUUUAUGGAUGAUGCCAAUAUACCAUCGUUAUUAUCAAUCCCCGAUCUUGGAUAUACAAAAAUUGAUGAUGAAAUUUAUCAAAACACUAGAAAAAUGAUUCUUUCGAAACAGGGGAAUCCAUACUAUUUGAAAGGUCAUUUUUUCGAAGGGAUUGGAGGACCUCAUAUUGGUAUUAGAAAUGCUUGGCCAAUGUCAUUACUUAUGAGAAUUAGAACUACUGAUGAUGAUGAUGAAAUUAUACUGAGUUUGGAAAUGAUCAUGCGAACGACUGCUAAUUUAGGGUUGAUGCAUGAGAGUGUCAAUGUUAAUUCAAGACAAGGGAGAGAUUAUACUAGAUCUUGGUUUGCUUGGUGUAAUUCAGAAUUUGGUACAACAAUCUUACAUUUGGCCAAGAAUAAACCCCAUUUAAUAUUUAAAAAAGAAUGGCAAAAUGUGCCGUAUGAUAUUGAAAGUGUAUUAAGUCAAUUUAUAUAA